AUGCAGUGUGAAAAGGAAUCCGGAGUCGUGUUGCGGGGCAUGACUCUGGUUGCGGCUUGUGGUGUCGAUUGCGGAGAACUGACGUUCGACCAAGUUUUGGAGAUGCUCCAGAACACGCCGCCGGAGGCGCCAAUCGAUUUCGUUUUCUCGAUCGAGGAGGCGGAGCUCGAGGCAUUAUGAAGGGGGAGAGGGAGGUUGUUUCGAGUACACUUGGAAUCAAUCGCGCCCUGCGCAAAAUGGUGGGCGUUUUUGCCGAUAGGGGAUAGCGGGGUGGCGGGGGGAUCUGUGGUGACUGCAAAACCAAGACCGCAUGAAUGCAAGGCUAAGUUAUUUAGUUACUUCCUCCAACAUGUUUUCAUUUCGGAAUGAUUUGGGGAUGAAUGACGCGACACCCGAUAGACACCAGCCGCCUUUUGUUGCUUUGUUCUUUUAAGGAAAUGGGAUUUUCAAGGACGAGUUUGGAACAAUACUGUGGCGUACCACGUGUAAGCGCCCCAGAACGGUACACAUCACAACCUCCGAAU